AUGCCAGACGAUCAAAAGUCUGUCUUGAUCACAGGGGCGAAUCUGGGUGUCGGUCUAGCCUUGUCACGACUGUUCGUCAAGAGGGGCUACAAAGUGGUAGCGGCGGUUAGGGAUCUGUCCAGAGCUCCUCCCAUUGAGGGUUUGGCAGCAGUAGUCAAAAUAGACUCGAAUGAAGAGUUAGACUCGGCCAAGGCUAUUGCGGAGCUGAAAGCAAAAGGAAUUGAUGAUUUAGAUAUCGUGAUAGCCAACGCUGGUAUAGCCUCACCUCUCGCUUACAUGCGAGACACCAACAUGAGCGCUUACGAUGAAUAUUUCCGAGUCAACACAAAGGCACCAUUGUCUUUGUUCAUAGCCACUUAUCCCCUGCUAAAGAAACAGGGAAGCAAAUUUAUAGCUAUUUCAUCGGCAGCGGCUCAAAAUAGUAUGGUACAUUUCAAGACUAAUGGAACCUACGGGGCUUCAAAGGCUGCUAUCAAUUACAUUACUAGACAAAUCCACUUUGAAGAACCUCAUUUGACGGCAUUCACUUUGGCACCUGGAUUUCUGGAUACAGACAUGGGUAUCGCGGGCGCCAAAGAAUUAGGUCUCGGAUGUCCGCCUGAAAAAAGUAUCAAUCACAGCUCGUAA